CCCCUGACGCCCGCUGUGCCCGCAGGCGCCCCCCCGGCGGGGCUGCGGGCGGUGCUGCAGCGGGAGGGCCCGGGGGGCUUCGCGCGGGCGCUGCGGGGGCACCGGGGGCUGCUGCUCACCGACACCACCUUCCGCGACGCGCACCAGUCGCUGCUGGCCACGCGCGUGCGCACCCGCGACCUCGCCCGCGUCGCGCCCUUCGUGGCCCACGCGCUCAGCCCGCUCUGCAGCAUGGAGACCUGGGGAG